UAUAAAUAGAUGGAAUUUCGGUUAUUUAAAGGCAGUUAAAAUGCUUUGGUUACCGCGUAUUUUACUUAUCGCAUUUAUAUGCACUAUUGCCUUGGCUCAGCCAGUUCCAGAUGAUCCAGAAAAGGAUGAUGCAGUUGUAAAGGGACGAAGUCCUUGUAUCUUUGGGCUGCCAAACAUCUUUGGCAAAAUCAUGGGCGGCAUGGGUGGCGGCAAGGGUGGCGGUGGUGGAGGCGGCAUGGGUGGCGGUGGCGGUGGUGGAGGUGGUGGUGGUGGAGGCGGUGGUGGGGGUGGCGGCAAGGGUAAACGCAGGAGAGGUUGAGGUGAUGGUUUAGGAAAGCAUUAUUAAUAAAAUUGUUGUAACAAUUCAAAAGCAAAUAAAAAAUAUGUUGAAAAAAAUCUAGUUUUCAGUUUUACAUUUUAAGGUAUGGACAGCAAUAAAUUUACAAGAAUCAAAUGAAUCAAAAUACAUAUAUGCUAAUAUACAAAUUAUUAAAACGAUGAUUUAUAAAAAAAUGAAUCUAUUUCAUCGAUCACAAUCGAUGAUAUAGAACAGUCAAUAUAAUCAUUUACUUUUUCGCCAAUAUUAACGCUUCACUAGCUACACACGCUACAUUUCAUUAUCCUUGUUAUUCGUAUCCGUACUAAUAUUCAUAAUAAAAUAAUAUUGUUGAAAAC